AUGUUCUCAAUUCUAAUGGAUUGGCAAACAUUUAAAGGCCAAACUCUGUCGUCUUCAUUUCUGGCAUUCAAAAAAAACAACAACCAGAGUCGACAGCAAGAAUUCUCUUCUGACAUUUCCGAAAUGGCCAAAAUUUUAUAUUCUGCAUACCUGGGGCUUCUGUUAGUCAUUCUAUGUGUGUGUGGUUCACAACAACAAUUAUUCCACAUGAUCCAUGCUGAAGAACAACAAUCAGUGAGUAUGAUCCAACUUGACACUUCAAGUUCAGCCGUCGAUAGUGGUUCUCAAUUCAUUGGAACGGUCACUGCGUAUGACUUUUCUGGAAAAGUUUCCACAUUGUCUGGCUAUGUUGUGACUUUGAGUGUCGAAGGCUCUGGUGUCACUGUUCGAGGACCUUCUUUUGUGACUCUCCAGAAUGGAGUUGCAAGUUUUUCCAUGUCCAUUUCUACUUCGAGCACUUUAUAUGUCACCAUGAAGGCAGAACUGAAGAUUGGACUCAGUUCGUAUUCUUAUUCAAAAAAUUUACUUGUGAAUAAUUAUCCUCGUUCCAAUGCUUCCUCGUUGAAAGUUUCUUUAUUGGGAUUUGUUGUCAUUCUUGCAUCCUUCUUGUUGUUCAUUCUUUAA